AUUCCGUUCCUGCUGGCUCUUGAUUCCCAGUGUUUUCGAUAAGCGUAUAUCUCAUCGAAUACAUCAAGCGAAUUAUCCUUGCGCAGCACUUUCAGUGUAUCCCCAGCAUACCUCGGCUCAAUCUCCUUCAACGACGUGAGAAAGUCCUGCGAAGCAAGCGCCCCAGUAAACCCUUCCAUUUCCAAGCGCUCACAAUGGCAGAACACAUCCUCCCACUCGUCAAGCCAUUUCCCCAUACUCUGGUUAGUCGAUUUCGACCCCAUGAGAAUCCUCCAUCUCUCCAUGACCCGCCGCUUCUGAUCUUCCACCGAAGGCUCCAGCUUCUCUUUCAACUUCCGAUAGAUGUCAACCUCGUUAUCCGAUUCGAUGCUGAACCGUUUCAGGUACCUGUCAGCGACUGUCUGGAAGAUCGCUUGCCAGACUGUCAUUUAGACCCGCUUGUUUGUGUUCAUGUUGUCUCUCUUCUAUCUCGUAGAGGUCUCAUUCUAGCUCGUACCGGGCUAAUUGCUCAGGGGUCGGUUGCGUGCAAUUCGCUGGCGAAGGGUAGGCCGGAUAAGACGGUUCAGCCAGAUAGGGCUCCUUACCGAGAAGAAUAUCCAGGACUCCAAGGCUGCGAUCAAGGCGUGUGCUAUGACGGUUCCAGUGCCACCAGUCGUCUUCUGGGUUGUUCAAGAAGGGGGUGUUCGUGGUUACUGUGUAAUCCAUGUUGGCUGGAUUCGAUAUAACCUCACUGCUUCCGGAUUAGGCAAUUAGGUCCAGAACCAAUGAGAUGCACGACAGGGAUAGAACUUAUGACAAUCCCGCGAGGCAAGCAAAUACCAGAGAUCGGUUUAUGUGCAUCAGGGCAAGCCGGUCUCAUCUGUGGCAAUCCGCAGGACAGUCAUAGCUUGGAUAUCGCUAGUAAGCUGUAUGCAGUGAUUAAGUUAGAAAGGGUCCUAUUCUGCCCAAGCAGGUGGCUACCUAGAGGAUCUAUAUACUCCUGAAUCCUGAUGUUGAAUUAGAUUACCGC